CUUUUGUUUUGCAGAUAUAAAAUCUAUUCUAGACAAAGGUAAAAAGAAUGGCAACAAGAGCAAGAGAGACAGCUCCUGCAGGGAAGGAGAAGAGAGGAACAUCACCAAUACAUCACCAAAGAAGUAUAACAAACACAUCAAAAACAACAUCACCUGUUAGAAAACAAGUUGAUCCAACAUCAACAACUAGUUCUUUAAACAAGAAUGUUCCUAGCUACCUCAAACCAACAAUUACUCAAGCUAAGAAGUCUGCAUCUUCAAGUGACCUGCACAACACUCACAGUACCAAAACUUCUAAUCUAGCUCGAAGAAGAUCAUUCGAUAAUAAGCCUCCCCUGCAUUCUUCCUCACCAAAAACCAGAAUUUCCCCUAGUCCUAAGGAGAGAAUUCCUCGCUCAUCGUCUUCUUUAUCAACCAAGACUUCCACUUCUCAGAAACCCCUUUUGGAUAGAUUAUCAAAAACUACUACUAGUAAGGAUGCCAUUGGCAAACAACGCAGUGCUGGCCUGAAUUCUAGGCCAGUGACCAAAAAGAAGACGACCACAACCAGGAAGCAUGAUAGUGCUAGUGGUUCAACUACAAAAGCAUCAGUAACAGCAAAUUCUCCAGAUAUAGCUCAGAAUGUCAUUUCUCAUGAGGGUGAACAGUCAGAGCCAGAGGAUCAUCAAGAACUAACAACUCACGAAACUGAAAAGGAAAUGACCAUAAGUGACAACGAAAUGAUUGCUGAUUCUGAUGGAGGGGAGCAUGAGAAUGAGAAUGAGAAUGAGAAUGAGAAUGAAAAUGAAAAUGAUUCAGCCACAGAGGAUCAUAUUGAAGAGCUUAGUAAUGAAAAUGUAAACAGUGCUGAAUUGGAGGACAUCAACGCUCCAGAUGAAUCAGCCACACUGGUGGAAAAUCCAGAAAUCAAAAUUGAAGAAACAGAAGAAAUCAACAAUGAGCCUAGCGAACCUGAUUCAUCAGAUAAGGAAAAAGAAGAAACCAUUAUAAAUGCAACAGAGGAGAAUCAAGAAUCGAAAGAGGAGGACGAAGAAACAAACCAAGAGAAAGAAACUCCCAUGGUAGAAGAAACUGAAAAUCUCAGUCCCAAUCAAGUUGAAGUCGGUGUAGAAGAAAGUACAGAAGCAGAACCAGUGAAAAAUACGAAUGUUGCAUCAUCAAAAUCUCUACAUCAUGUGGUGCAAGGUAAGUAUAUUGAAUCUGUGGUUUCAAAUAAUGUAAUUGAAGAGACUGCAAGCAAACUUAGGGAGCAAAGGAAGAACAAAGUGAGAGCACUGGCUGGUGCUUUUGAAACUGUCAUCUCCCGGCAAGACCACAAAUGAGUUCUCAUCUAUUGUUUUAGUUUGUGAAUCGUUCUUUGUUGUAUGCUUGUUAUAGUUUUCUAAAAACAAUACUGUACUGCAUUGAAGUCUUUAAGUGGGAG